GCAACAUUUUAUUGCCAAUACUCUACUCCUUGUACCCCAAAAAAAAAAAAAGCAAUGGCUGAAUUGCUUCUUCCAAAGAUAAUAGAUGUAUUGGGUGAUGUGGCCGUGAAGCAGUUUGGGGAGAAGGUCAACCUGGUGAGAGGGGUUGAAGAGGAGGUGGCAAAUAUCUCCUCUAAGUUGGCAACCAUUGAAAAAGUGCUGCAUGAUGCAGAGAGACGAAGGCUGAAGGACAGAAGUGUUGGAAUUUGGCUGGAAAAGCUUGAGGACAUAACAUAUGAGAUGGAUGAUGUGCUGGACGAAUGGAACCUCAAGAUUCACAGAGCAAAGAAUGCUAGAACGCAGCCAACACUGUGGAACAAGAUAAUACUCAUUGAUGGCUCAAAAUGAAGCUACAGCAGAAGGCAUUGAGGGACAACCUCUACGUCAACUUUUCACUUGGGUUCAUGUAAAAUUUCAAAUAAUGAAAUAUGGUUGAAGAGGCACAUCCACUUGCUUUGUUCAUAAUCAUUUGUUGAAAGCGUCUAUAACCUUUUCAAUUUCCAGAUUGAAUUUCAAGUGGUUA